ACGCAGGCAAUCACCAGGACAGCCAAAGCUCUACGCCGGUGCCUGUGGAUUGCUGAGAAGUAGAUAAAAAGAGUGAUUCCCAGGCCUCUCGAGCCUCCUCCUGACAGAAUGCAGCAUUCUGAGAAGAAGAUAAAAAGAGUGAAUCCCAGGCCUCUCGAGCCUCCUGUCAGAAUACAGCGUUUCCCUCCAAGCACUUUGGUGCCACUCAGAUUAAGCACCAUUAUUUUUCCCCCUCUCUCUUCCGCUCGAGUUUUCUUUGACCAUGCCUCGUUGCUGGCCCUUCCGGCCCCGCUCCGGCAAGGAGAAGAAGGGUAGCUCCGCGAAGUCGGGGAAGCUCCCGGACAGUGGGUCGAGCGCAUCUGGGUCCACCCUCGCUGGCGAGGUCGACUCUAAGGAGAAGAAGGUGAAGGAGGACAAGAAAGAAGAGAAGAAGGACGAAGACAAGAAGGACGAGGAGAAGAAGGACGAGGCGAAGAAGGACGGGGAGGAAAAGGAGAAGGAGAAGCCCAAGGUGCCAGUGGGCUCGGUCAGCGAGGUCAAGAACAUCUACAAGGGCGCCUCCGACGAGGACGGGAAUUGGACCUGGGUUGACAAGUACCCCGACGACGUGGAGGAGGCUGCCGAGAACGAGGAGACGGCCACGUUCGCUAUCGUGGUGCGCAACCAGAAGAGCAAUGACAGCCGCAAGAAGCUCGAGGCCCACAGUAUCGUGGUGCAAAGCCCCCUGAUCAGGGCGGCGCUGGCCGAGAUCAUGGCCGACUACCCGGGCGUCGCGUGCGAGCUCACAAGGCUCGAGUUUGAGGCGCCGUUCAAGCCUUUUGUCCACAGAUGGGCCGAGUUCACCAAGUAUCUCGAGAAGCCGGACCUCGAUGAGAAAACCAGGGAGCAUAUGAAGCUGUUGGCCGACAUCCUGAACUACGAAAUCGGCGACAACGUCAGGGCGUUCCACGACUACGUCAAGAACGGCGUGGUGUCCUUCAAAGACCUGUGGAUGAUCUUCCAGCCCGGCACCGUUGUGAUUUCGGCUCACGCCGGCCCGCUCAGCGCCUUCGAGAUGGUCGAGACCGAGUACAUGGCGAACAACUGCGGCAAGUUCCUGCAGGUGCGCUGCGACUGCGUCGACUACGGCGGCAAGGAGUUCGGCCGCUUCCAGGAGGCCAUCAACAUCCCCGAGUUCAUCGGCACCAAGAAAAUCACGGGCCUGAAGGUGUACCCGCUGCACUUCCACGAGGACAGGGAGGCGGUCGCGGCCAAGCUGAUCAAGCGUGGCGAGCUCUUCGAGAAGCUGGCGGGCCAUCACUACAAGCAGUACUCCGGCAAGGCCAUCACGUGGAACCGCGAGGGCCACGAGGUCGAGUGCCAGAUCUCGGGCCGCAUUGUGGUCGACAUCGACAGCUUCAACCGUUUCAGCCCGUGGCCGGUGCGCUACCUCAACGACUGGAACGCCAACGACCUCGAGAAGUUCCGCAAGCACAAGGAGCAGCUGGGCCUGACCGACGACAAGUUCGUGCUGCCGCCGUACUACCAGAUGCUGGCGCGCUCGCGCACGCGCGGCUACUCGCUCAAGUUCAAGAAGUGGCUCGACUUCUUCGUCGAGCAGAUCAGCGACGUGGUGUGGAACAGCAGCGCCUUCGACCGGCUGGUGCUGCCGCCGGACCAGAAGGAGCUCAUCCUGGCCUUCUCCGAGUCGCAGCUGGCGGGCAGCCGCUUCGACGACGUCAUCCAGGGCAAGGGCAAGGGCAUCAUCUGCCUGCUGUCAGGCCCGCCCGGGGUGGGCAAGACGCUGACGGCCGAGGCUGUGGCCGAGAACCUGCGGGUGCCGCUGCACACGCUCAGCUCGGGCGACCUGGGGUCGGACCCGUGGGAGGUCGAGCGGGAGCUCAACUCGAUCCUGGAGCUGGUCGCCCGGUGGAACGCGAUCCUGCUGCUGGACGAGUGCGACGUGUUCCUCGAGGCCCGCAGCACGCACGAGCUGGAGCGCAACAAGAUCGUGUCCAUCUUCCUGCGCACGCUCGAGUACUACGAGGGCAUCAUGUUCAUGACGACCAACCGGGUCGAGGAUAUCGACGCGGCCUUCCAGUCGCGCAUCCACGUGAGCAUCGAGUACCCGGACCUGACGGCCGCCUCGCGCCGCGCCAUCUGGGCCAACUUCCUCCGCGGCUCCACCAUCAAGAGCUCGCUCACCGACAGGGACAUCGCCGAGCUGGCCGAGCUCAAGCUCAACGGCCGCCAGAUCAAGAACGUGCUCAAGACCGCCCAGCUGCUGGCCGCCCGCAAGAAGAGCGACACCCUCGACCGCAAGUUCAUCGAGACCAUCCUCGUCAUCGAGAAGAAGCGGCCCGGCGCGCCCCAGCAGAUGAUGCACUACCUUUGAGCGGCUUCUCUGGCCGGUUCUCUGGCGGGUCCGGGUCGGCUGGCGCACUGGCGUUGGGCGUGGGACACAUGGCACACGGUUGGGUUAUGACGAUGGAGAGUCCAUCUCGGUGGGAUCAUGCGAUAUACUGAAUUGUACAUUCAUGAGAGGCGUUGGGGCUUGGUUUCUCGUGCGUACCUAUCAUUCCGCAUCAUAUUGGAUUUAAUAAAUACAAGUGGCAAGAGAAAA